CCGUGAGGAAAGAGUCUCACAGAAGACUCGAACCACCUUCCAUCGCCUUCUUAAACACAAGGGGUCGAUUCAUUGCUCGUGACUUACCAUUCUUGUCUCUGCGCGUGUGGGAUACUCUUUCCGGGUUGCGCUGCACGCGAUUGUAUUUUCUGUGCACCGUAUUUCUCGUCGAGUUUGUAUUCGCUGUUAGAGACGGGUUUUUUUGUCGUUCCGAAAGGUCUUCUUCCGGCCGCUGUAUGCUCUGACAUCCGAAACGCGAAGUUUCUCCGCGUUUUCCCCAGUCCUCCGUUCUGCUGGGUCGAGUUCGCUGGACUGCGUUUCUUCCCCGUUCUCCUGAUAACUCUGCGGCGUUUUCCUGGAGAAUUCCUUUCUUUCAAGGACAUCAGUGGAUUCUGUUGCGUCUGGCUCGCGCAUUUUCUUUUGUCUGCCAACAUGUUUGCCUUGCAGGAUGCCGAGCAGCUUCAGCUGCAGAGAAUGAUGCAGGAGAAGUUUGUGAAGAGGCUGCGAGCGUUUGCGGUUUUCGUCGCUGCUCUGCGUGCCCUUCCCAUCGUUGUUUCGAUCUUCUCGGAAACACCAAGCGGACAGGCUUAACGAGCAGCAGUUUCCCUUCUGACUCGCAUGGAAAGACACGUUUUCUCCAAAUUUCCUGGACAAACAAGAUGUGGACAGUCGGACCUACUUCUUCCACGUUGCGGGCAAGACAAAGAGA